UCUUCCCAGCCUUCGGACGACAUCGACACGUGUGCGGACGUGCGCCGACUCGCGCUCAAACCAAGGAACCCUGCAUUUCACUGCGUCCACCCGCUUCCGCUCUCUGCGCUCACUCUGCAGAGCGCGCCGGGUCUUCCCCGUCCGACUUGACACGGCCACGUUGGGCAGGCACUUCAGACGUUUCUGCUACGACUCUUCGCGGCACGCUGCCCGCAAUCUCUGGCUCUGUUGACCUCGCCUGGCAAAGCAAAAGGAUAUGAAUUCGGCGGCGUAGAGCCCCAGAAAUAAGGGUUUGAGAUUUGAAGGCGCUCCUCCGCAGACCAAAAGAUUGCGUCAGGAGUCACCAGCCGCAAGAAGGUCAUCCAUCAUGACGAACCACUCGCUGCCGCGCCCCUCGCGGCCCUCAAUCGCCCCUCCCACGGGUCCACUGCCUGCUCUGCCGGUAGCGAAAUCCAGAGCCUCGAACAUCAGCCCCGCCUCGCGCACCGCCUCGAGCUCGCUCCUUCCCGGGCUUGCAACAGCGAACCGCGCAGUUUCUUCCUCAGCUCUGCCCCAGCGACCAACCGCGAAGGGCCACACGAACUCUACCUCAACGAUACCGACGCUUACGACGAACGACUCUCCGGCUGGCCCGCUGCCACCUGGAAAGACACUGCGGAAGACAGUUAGCAUUGGAUCAUUCCCACAGCCUCCAAAGCAUGCGGGCAAAGCGGCAAGUCAUCCACCCAGCCCGUUGUCGGCGAGUUCGACCCCCAAUAGUGACACCGUAGAUCAGAGGCUGUCGUCGGGAUCCAAGUCGGCAACAACAACACCCGCGAGAGCAGGCAGUAUCAAGAAGCCAAGAGUUUCGAAUGUCGGCGGCGGCAGAGGAUUGUUGGGGAAGUCGCCAUUGUCACCUCCCAGCCUGCUCAACGGCAGUGGGGAGUCGGUGGCAGUGGACAAUGGCCAUUUGAGCCUCCCCUCACCGCCGCAGAGCAGAAAUUCGUCGGCUCAGGGAUCCUACGCGACGAGCGCAACUACAUUCGAAGAUAUCGGCGACGAUGACGCACGAGGGCGGUCGGAGAGUAAGAAGGCGGACAGAAAUUCCACGCAUAAAGAUGGCAAAGGCAAUGUCAUUGUCAGCGUGCGAAUACGGCCUGAUAUCGGAACCAAAGACAGCAAGACAGAGCAGGAGUGGGAGAUUAACAACAAGCGCUCACUGAUCGCAUAUAAAGGUCGCGAGGGCGGAGAUUACUAUUAUGACAACGUGUUCGACACCCAAGAUAAUAAUGCCCGCGUCUAUGAUGCUGCAGCUAAGCGACUCGUCCGGAGGGUAAUGGAGGGCUACCAUGGCACCGUAUUCGCCUAUGGCAUGACCGGAACUGGUAAGACAUUUUCUAUGCAAGGAACCGCGACAAAUCCAGGAGUGAUCCCAUUGGCUAUUACCGACAUCUUUUCGUACAUCCGGGAGACGCCCCAUCGGGAGUUCCUUCUAAGGGUCAGCUACCUGGAGAUCUACAACGAGAGGAUCAAUGACCUGCUCGCCGGACCCCUCCCCGGCAUGAAUGGCCAACCUGGGCCUCAGGAAGAGAUCAAACUCAGGGAAGACAGCAAGCGCGGCGUGUACGCGACGCCUCUGAAAGAAGAGAUCGUACAGAGUCCCACACAGCUUCUAAGAGUCAUCGCUCGCGGUGACCAGGCCCGACGAGUAGCCGGAACACAGUUCAAUGCACGAAGCUCUCGAAGUCAUGCUGUCGUGCAAAUCGUCGUCGAAAGUCGUGAGCGCGUAGCCGGCGGUAGCCUCAAGGAUCCGAAGCGAACAGCAAUCGCUCCUGGCGGUGUCCGUGUCUCGACGCUCAGCCUAAUCGACCUGGCAGGUUCUGAAAAGGCAGCCGAUAGCAAGGAAAGACGAACCGAAGGAUCCCACAUUAACAAGAGUCUGCUCACCCUCGGAACGGUCAUCGCUCGUCUAUCUAGCGAUAAGGAGAAGUCAGACAAAGACAAGGCAAGCAAGGAGAAGCACUUGCCAUACCGAGACAGCAAGCUCACCCGACUGCUACAACCUGCGUUGUCUGGAAACUCCCUCGUCAGCAUUCUCUGUACGAUCCAGAUUGGCGCCAGCGGUAGCAUCGCUGCGGCCAACAGCCAUACGGGCGAGACAUUGAAUACCUUGAAGUUCGCAUCGCGCGCAAAGAACAACAUCGUCAGCCACGCCAAGAAGGCAGAUGAGUCUCUCGGUUCUGGCGGGGAUGCAGGAAGCCGGGCGCUGCUGGACCGUUAUCGCGUUGAAAUCCAGGAGCUUAGAAAGCAGCUGGAGGAGCAGAACAAGGCAAAGGAGAACAAAGACGCAAAAGAGGAACGAGAAAAGGAAGAAGAGGAGGAGAAGGCACGCGAGAUUGAAGACAGGCAUCGGCACGAGGAGCAAAUGCUCGAGAUGCAGCUCGCACGCACUGCGCUCAAAGAGCGCAUCGAGCACUUGAAUCGCCUAAUCUUGAGCUCGAAAUCGUUAGGCGUUAACAACGGACGAUCGUUCUCAGCAAUGAGCUUUCAACGGGGCUCUGUUCUCAGCAACGACAUCCGGCCCACCUCUGUGCGAUCGUCGGGGAGCCACGCUACUCUCGAGGUACCUGGACAUCACGGCUCGCAGGCUGUGUUCCCUUCGGUUCCACUGGACGGCUCCGAAGAGGAAGAUUCUCUUGGAGAAAAUGGGGAUGGGAUGGCGAGCCAAUCCGCACAGAUCCAAUCGCUGCAGUCGGAUCUAGCGGAUAAAAACCGAUAUAUUGCGACAUUGGAAAAGCGACUCCUCCAAGCUCGAAGAUCCAGCCACUCACGUGUGUCGAUUACACUCUCGCAAAAGAUGGCAGGAGGAAGUGACGACGGCGGCCUCAUCGCGACCAUUGCCGAGAAAGAUGCGGAGAUCUCCACUCUGCGAGCGCAGCUGGAAGACAAAGAGCGGAUGAUUGCAGCUCUAACAUCAGCGCGCAAAAAGAGCGAGGCGGCACAGGAGCUUGGUAGCGAUGGGUCACCGGGGAGCAGGAGAACAUCGCACCAGCGCAGCGAGGGCAGCAGCGGUAGCAUGAUCCAAAAGGGAUCGCCCUCACCGAUGAUCAGCCCCAAGUCGUUUUCGCCCAACUCACGGCCAGAGAGGAACAUCGAGGACGUGACGCGCAUGCUGGACGAAAUGAUUUCGAGACAGGUGGACUCGGUGCGAGCCGACGGAGCACGACGGAGCAGUCUCACCGACAAUGCCAAUGGAACGCGACGAAGCAACAGCCUCCGACCGGUCGGCGAGGGUCUUGUGAACGAAGCAGCCUGAGUACUACACGAAUUGCUGGAAUGUAAGGGCUGGCACGGUAUGAGGAGCAUGACACGGCAUUCAUAAUCUCGCUACCGCACGAGGGGGCACACGGAGAGACGAAGCGAGGACUUAAUGGGUACAAACUAAUGACC